AUGUCGUCCAUAUUGCAGUACGGCACAUGGCUGCUUCCGUUCGUUAGCCUUGUUGUUGCCAACUUCACUUCAAAUGAGCUCGCAUCUUGGAACAGGCCUCGCGCUGCUCUCAUCAGGGACAAUGUCUACCUCGAAGGUGGAUGGUUACAGACCGGGAAUUGGACGAGCGGGGCAUGGGACGCGAAGACACUCUCUCCUACCGAUGGCCUGCUUUUCAAGCUCAGCAUGAAUCGAACAUUUGACAUCACCGACAACCCGGCAUUCUUCGAGACGAUUCCCGAGGAUGCGGUACAGAACUUCUAUCUGGAUGGCUACAUGUUCGCCGAUUACGAUGAAUUCUAUGCCUGGGGUGGCAUGGUCCUCACGAGCCUGGACCAAAGAGAGCGCACCGUGAGCCUGCCGUUGUAUGACGCGCCCGAGGCCUCCAACAUCAACCUCGGCGUGCCCAACCUCAACUACGAUCCUCAGGAUGGAACUUUCAUCUCGGUCACGAACGGUGGUGGAGCCAACGCACCUAGUGAAGAAUCAGCCUUCUACUUCGGCGGCUUGUACAACGAAAAUGGCACCGACUACGACUACUUUAACCCCCCCAAAGAUCAAUCACCCUGGUUGAUAACCGUGCAAAUGACCGACCUCGGUCAUGCCACCUGGAUCAAGGCACCACUCCCCGAAAACAUCACAUGGAGAGCUGAAGGCGGUCUAGUCUGGGUCCCGACCUCGACGCAGGGUAUUCUGAUUGCGAUCGGGGGAGUCGUCAAACCAGCAGACAUCAACUUCCAAGUAGCACAGGAUAAUGCCACCCAGUCCCUCACGUUUUUGAAAGAGUUCCCGGUCUACGACAUUGGAUCGACUCAAUGGAGCCUUCAACCGCUGAACCCGACCUCUCAAGUUCCUCCAGCACCUCUUGCGCAAUUCUGUACCACUGUGGCUUCUAGUGCCGAUGGUACCCACCACGAGAUCUUCGUGUAUGGUGGUUGGGACAGCAAUGGAGGCAAUGCAAACGACGAUGUCUGGAUUUUGUCGGUGCCGUCGUUUACCUGGAUCAAGGCUGAGCCGUCUGGCCGGAAGGGCGCUGCAAGAACCAACCACGUUUGUGUUCAGCCGUACCCGGAUCAGAUGAUCGUAAUUGGAGGCACAGGAUCAAGCGAAAUGCCUACCACUUUCAAUAACAGCGUGGAUGUGUUCAAUCUCAACACUUUUACCUGGACCGGCACUUACGACCCGACCGUCCAUGACGACUACAAACCAAACCAAGCUGUCCUCGAUGUCAUUUCUGUGACACCCACUGCCAGCAAUAUUGCGAGCGCAGUGUCUGGGUGGUUCACGGACACGUAUGACAUGACGAAAGUCAAAUCCUUCGGCCCCUUUGAGCUGCAGAGUACCGCCCCCCCCACGAACAGCGGCUCGUCCACAGCAACUCCAGCUCCGGGACCUCGUGGUUCAGACCGCGAUUGGGUUAUUCCUGUUGCUGUAGUGGUUCCCGUCGUUGUUGUUGGAGCUCUCGUUGGAGUCCUUAUCUUCCUGUGUUGUCGCAAAGCAAGAAAGGCCCGGGCUCGCGCACAAGAAGACGGCGGCCCAUCCGAAAUGGCACACAACCGAAAGAGCUGGAUCGUCCCAUGGAUCUAUUCCACGUCCUCGCAUGCGGCUCCCAAGGACACUGCGACAGAUUCGUCAGUCACCGAAGUUGAGCAAGGCCCUCACUCACCACGAGCAAUGACGCAAACGUCCCCUCAUGAGCUCGAAGGAGCCGGUGGAUACUUCAGGGAAAGUGACGCUGGAGCCCCUCGAGAACGGUGGUCGCAAUCCACACAGGUUCGUUCACCACGAUAUGCGUAUGCUGGUCCGGUCGAAGGUAUGAAUACCGAGGUCCAUGAGGUUGAGGGUUCGGCUCGUGUCUCUGGCCCUGAAGACAUCAACUACGAUAUCCGCAACAUGGCCAUGUACCCCCCUAGCGUUGUCAGUGGAGGGGGAAUGGGUCAAUCUCCAGGGAUUCCCAGCUCCUCGGUGUCACAGUCCGGCGACUCCUUCACACCGGCAUCGCCGCAAUCGCAUUCGGCGGUCACGAGCUCAGGAUUCGCGCCAAUCCAUGAAGGCAAGAUAGCAGGUGGAAACGAGCACACUGCAGGUUUGGCGAGGGCUAUCUCGCCCAUUGAUUCACGGCGAGAACGGCCCAUGCAUGAGCGCAAGGAGUCCGAUGUCAGUGACAUCGCAACUUCACCCUUCCCGUCACCAAGGCCAGAAACCCCAUGA